GAAGAGACAAAAGUUAUUUUUAGUAUAGCGACAUAAACCAGAAGAAACACAAGAUGUUGUACUUGGAAGAUUAUUUAGAAAUGAUUGAGAAUCUCCCGAUGGAGAUGAGAGAGCGACUCACCGAAAUGAGAGAAAUGGAUCUCGAAGUGCAGAAUUCACUGGACAGUUUGGAGGAACGGGUGAAAAACUUUUUCAAGAAAUGUAUUUUACCCAAUGUAAAGUCAGACUGGAAAGAUGACACAUUUCACAAAAUAAAACAAGACUACUAUAAAACACUGAGUGAUGCAGAUGAGAAAGUUCAGUUAGCGAAUCACAUCCAUGAUUUGGUGGAUAGGCAUCUACGAAAACUGGAUCAGGAACUUUCCAAGUUUAAAAUGGAAUUGGAAGCUGACAAUGCUGGAAUAACUGAAACAUUAGAGAAGAGAUCCUUGGAAUUGGACAAACCGGUGCCUUUAGCAAAUAAUCAAAGAGCUGAAAAAAGAAAACUUGCACCGACAUCAUCAUUACUGAACAGUCACAGCGUGGACAAACGGCCGACGACAGAGGUUUUGUCGAACAUCGCCACGGAGGCGGCUAAAGAAGUGAUCCGUCGCUCGAACUCAACGGCUAACUCACCCUCCAUGUCGAUGUUCAAUUCCAGCACAACCUCGUCACCCAUCACCUACAAUCUUGGUCAUAUUGGAGCUGGUAGUAAUGCAGCAAUAGCGGCAGCUGCUUCUCAAGCCAUAGCAGCAACUCAACAGAUGCAGCAGGGUCGUAGGACUCCCAGCAUGAAGGCGAGCUAUGACUUGAUGACUCGCACUCCAGCAUCGGCAAAGGAAACUGCGAGUAGUCUGUCCAACCCCGGCACUCCUGACCCUGUACCACGGUCGCAGAGGAGCAAAAAGCAAACUGUGAAAGCCGCUGCAUUAAAUCAGUCAACACCCGCCCCUGUCAUGCCGUCGCAGGCCCCACCCACCCCUGUGCAGCCAGUGAUAUCUGCCCCUUCGACCCCGAUCAUCGAGCUGAUUGAGGAUCAAAACACGGAGCUGCAGAUCGCUGAUGACUGGCAGAGUGACCCGAACGAGCCACGCUACUGCGUGUGUAACCAGGUGUCAUACGGGGACAUGGUCGGAUGUGACAAUGACGAUUGUCCUAUUGAAUGGUUCCACUACGGGUGUGUUGGGCUGUCUCAGGCACCGAAAGGAAAAUGGUUUUGUCCUCAGUGCACUGCGGCCAUGAAGCGACGAGGACGCAGAUAACAGCAAUAUCAAACAUUUUUGAUCAAAACUCACAUUUUGUGUUGUGCUGUAUGUUGAUAAAAGCUCAUUGUAUGUUACAUUUACUGGAUUCGUGUGCAUGAAAUUGAAUGGAUUACAGAAAGCCCUAUGACAAAUAUGGUAUUUCAGCCAUUGGAAAAAGAUCUGGAUGGAAAUGUCAUACGAAACAAUGGGAAAGAGUGGAUAUUGUAACGUAUUAUUUAUUUGCACCCAAAGUAUGUUCUGGCUUGUGAUAACCAUUUUAAAACAGAAGCUGAACUGAUAUUUAAAAUGCUGAAAACUUUCUGCUAUACCUAAAGGUAAUUUGUUACCAUUUCACAGCAAAUCCAAUUGACUUGUAAAAAAUCAUUUUACAUAAAACCAAAAAACAAGCACCUCCCAGGUUUGUAGAACAAGGGCCUAAUUCACUAAACUCUCGCAACUUUGGGAUCUCGCAGUGCAAUGCUAAACAACUUGCGAAGAGGAUACUUUGUUGUCUAGCAGAGCCUAAGAGAGCUUUGUGACUUAGGCCGGCAAGUAAAACAAUAUACUGGAUAAACUUUUGUACAGACCAAGGAUACAAAUUAUUAUCUGGUGCAAGACUUCCAGAAUAUAAUAAUGCAGAAAGUGAUGAGGUGUAAAGUGCGCACUAAAUUAAUUGAAAGUGAAUACUGUAAAUUUGUAUCCAUAUUGCUUGUUGUGAAUGGUUAAAUAUUGUAUGCACUGCUUGCGUGAAAUAAACUGCCUGUUUCUACAAUCAUUAAA